CAAAUCAUCACUAAAGGAAACUAUUAAAUAAAAGACCGGAAGGAGAAUCAAACAAAAUGACAAACCUAUAGUAGUAGUUUCCAUUCGUCGGACAUCAUUCAACUCGAACUUGGAAACUGUAUUACUAACUUUCUUCAGUUGUUUUUUAAUAUAAAAGGAAUCAGUCUACGUUACAGUACUUGAUAACGAUUGUGUUAAAUUUUUCAGAAGACAAUGAGUAACAUUUUAAAAAAUGCGUGUCGUAUUAUCCUUUUACCGUUAUUCCCUGUGUCAAGAAGAAACACUACCCCUCGUGAUGGAGAGGUUGCAUCGAAACUCUUUCUUUCCCAUUUGUUGGCUGGGAGUGUGGUUUUCUUUGGAGUUCUCUCUGCACAAAAAGCAGUCAUUGAUGAGGUAUUUGUCGGCAAAUGGACUGCAAUUACUGUCAGCAUUUGUGUAGGUUUUAUAACCGUACUAUCUCUCCUGAUUUCGAGUUAUCGUCAAAGACUACAAGUGCAGUUGACUGGAACUGAUGAGGAUCCAUCUAUAAAUCUACAGUUAGUAUUCCUUUGGGGGUUUGGGUUUGCUCUGAUCAUUUUCCUCAGCAUCAAUAUAGUGACUUAUUUACAAUGUGCCAUUGACAGACCAGACGAUUUCCCCCACUCGAUAUUUCUACUCCUUGUCCACUUCUUAUACAUUCUGUUUACUGUAUGUCAAGUUGUGCUUCUGACGUACAACAAAAGAUCCAUACUGAAAGCUACAAUACAAUUUCAUUUUUCCAUCGUGUGUAUUCUAGCUGUAAAUUUUGCUCUUUGGUAUAGUUCAACUAUGCAUACGUUGUUUGCUACUGGGAACAAAACAACAGGAUUUUUCAACAGAUCGUGUUUCCAUUCUUCCGAUAUUCAAAAUAAACUUGGAAACCAAGUUUCUCCAAUUUUGCUGCCUCCGCAAAUAGAAUUCUAUAUUCUUGCGUCAACUCUCCUGAUAUCUUUGUGGCAAAAUGCCAAACGAUACGGAGUCACACAAAGAACAGAAGCGUGCCAACUUUCAAACGUCGGUAGUCGUGAAAAGCUAGGAACUCAUUUGCCCACAGGAGAGAAUGGUAAAAAUAUCCUAGCCGUUACGUUAGCCAUAUUCAUUAAUGUUCCUGUUCUCAUAACAACCGUUCUUUUGGAUUUUGUUUAUGACUGGGAAAACAAAUACGUUGUUAUUUGCUUAGACGUAAGUGAAACGCUAAGCGCGAUUUGUUCCUGUGUUUUAGUGUAUGCUUGCUUACGCAAUAUCAGUACUGUGUCUGUGAAUUCCACAAAGUCUCUUCUUGUAAGGGACUAUAUUUUGAUUCUCAGUUCCACUGGAAUGAUGGCCUACUUUAUGAUAGGAGUUGUUGCAAGUAUGUCCGGGUAUACUCUGUCAAAAUCAACUGUGGUCAGUCGAGUCUUCGGAAUGUUAGAAACCUUCCUUCAAACCUACCUUCUAACAAGAUCUAGCCGCCACACAGCGGACGGGAAUCGUAGAGAAUCGACUUGCAUUUCGUUCUGUGCAUUGAUUCUUGUGAUAUCAAAUUUAACAUACUGGCUAUUGGACUCAUAUAACAAGCACAUGAUCACCAAGUCUCGAUACAUCGGCUUCAAAGAUUGGAACGUUGUAGAGGUCCUUUUUAUUCCCUUAGUGACGUUUUUUAGGUUCUUCUCUGGAAUGGGAGCUUACUCAAUGUACAUGAAAUUUAAAACCAAUUGAUGAUGUCUCCUUCAAAAUGAAAUUUUGUGUAAAUAUACGAAAUAUUUACUUUCAUUACCGUUCAUAUCAAUAAAAAAGGAGGUAUUACUCAUUGGAUGCAAAAUAUUAUAUAAUAUGAUUGCAUUAACUAGCUUCCGUAUUAUAAAAAAUGUAGUUUAAUCAAUUUUCUUUAAGUAAUGAUCUUUAAAAAAAAUUUGUACAGAAUAUCAAAAAAAAUUAAUUUUUUUUUUAUUUGUUAUUGGCAGAAACAUGUUUAUAUAGAAUGUGUUGUACUGAGAAAACCAACUGUUUUUUUAAUUUACCCAUCAUCAAAACUGUGGAUUUUACUAAUUCCAAGAAAAUUGAAGUAAUAAAACCUAAAACUACUUAGUUUUAUAUUAAGACUAAAUUUGAACAUCAACGGUUCAAAUGUCUCCAUU